UACCACUUUUCUUCACUACAAGUUGAGACAUGACUUGUGUACACUCACUCGUGUUGUUCCUGUUUGGGGUGGUGAUUCUCACUACUCCAGUGUUGGCUAAUUUCUUUCCACCCAUUUAUGAGCCUCCUCCAAUUGAGAAACCACCCAUAUAUGAACCUCCACCCAGCUAUGAGCCUCCACCAACUGAAAACCCACCACCAUUAUAUAAACCUCCAUUCUACCCUCCACCAGUGUACCAGCCUCCAUAUGAGAAGCCACCACCAGUGUACCAGCCUCCAUAUGAGAAGCCACCACCAGUGUACCAGCCUCCAUAUGAGAAGCCACCACCAGUGUACCAACCACCCUAUGAGAAGCCACCACCGGUGUACCAACCACCAAAUGAGAAGCCGCCACCAGAGUACCAACCACCAAAUGAGAAACCGCCACCAGAGUACGAACCACCCCAUGAAAAACCACCACCAGAGUACGAACCACCCCAUGAAAAACCACCACCAGAGUACGAACCACCCCAUGAGAAGCCUCCACCAGAGUACCAGCCACCCCACGAGAAGCCUCCACCAGAGUACCAGCCACCUCAUGAGAAGCCUCCACCAGAAUAUCAACCACCUCAUGAGAAGCCACCACCAGAGUACAAACCACCUCAUGAGAAUCCACCACAUGAAAAAUCACCACCAAAAUAUCAACCUCCUCAUGAGAAGCCACCACCAGAGUACAAACCACCACCUCAUGAGAAACCCCCUUAUGAGAAUCCACCACAUGAAAAACCGCCACCAGAAUACCAACCUCCUCAUGAGAAGCCACCACCAAAAUAUCAACCACCUCAUGAGAAACCACCACCAGUGUAUGAACCUCCACAUGAGAAGCCACCACCAGCAUUUCAACCCCCUUAUGAGAAACCACCCCCAGUAGUGUGCCCACCACCAUUGUAUGAACCCCCUUAUGAGAAGCCACCACCAGUGUACCAGCCUCCUCAUGAGAAGCCACCCAUUUACAAACCUCCUUUCGAGAAACCACCAGUAUACGAGCCACCUCCUUUGGUGAAGCCACCACCAUUUGAAAAGCCUCCCUUUUACAAACCUCCUUACGAGAAACCACCACUUUACGAGCCACCUCCCUUGGUGAAGCCACCGAUCUACAAUCCCCCACCUUAUGGCCACUAUCCACCAUCAAAGAAAAACUAAUAAUAAACCAGUGGCAUUUGGUCUAUUCAAAGUUAGAGCAAUCGUUUGUCAUAUAAAGUUUUUUGUUUGCGUUUAGGAAGCACUUUUAAGAUGUGAGUUGAAGUACAAUAUAAUAUGUCACUUCUGCAUGUAGUAGUUCUUUAAAAUAAAGGCUAUAUACCUCUGUGUAAUAACUUCAAUUUCUCUUUUCAGCAAUCAUAUUGUAAUGUCAAUUAUUAGUGGGAGAACCUAUGACUACAAUAAUUUUUCU